AUGGAUACGCCAGAAGUGACAACCUUUAGCCCCCCCGAAAAUUUCGCACACUUGGGAAGGCUAAAGAACGGGGGGGGAAUUAAAGGCGUGAGAAAUGUGGGUACUAUGGAGAGAUUGUCCCACCUGGGGGGUGCGAAGAGUUUGGCGUGUCUGAAUGACCCGGGGAGUGCAUGCAAUAGGGGGAGUUUUAUCCAUCUGGGGGGCGUCGACGAUUCGGAAUUGGAAACCCAAGAAAAUUUAAAACAAGCCCAGGCGAAAAAGUUUGUCCUAAAAUAUGAAGAGAACAGAGAAGACAUCCUGCGAAGAAUCACCAACAGCCUGAGGGACGACUACCCCAAAAACGACCCGAGCGGCGGCCUCCAAAGCUACUUGUCGCAGAAGAGGCACCAAGUUGGCUCCCCCAUAACCACCGACAACUCUAAUGUAGAACUUUUGAAGAAUAUGAGCUCAACCUACGGCCUUUUGAAGAUAUUCCUCAUAACCUUCUUCGCCUCCCUGGUGUUCUUCGCCUUCGCAGUUUUAAUAAAACAUGUGUACCGCAGAUUCAAAAAGCACAUGGAAAAUCGGCUGGGGUUUCCUCCGUGGUGGCGCGAAACGGGUUGGGCAAGAAAAAAAAUAAAAAGACAUCAAAACGUCGAAACAUCGAAACAUCGAAACAUCGAAACAUCGAAACACCGAAACACCGAAACGUCUAACGUUCUUCCGUUUAAAAAUUUAAAAAAAAAAAGUUCCCGUUUGGACACAGAAAAAAAGGAAUUAGUAAGACAGGCGGGGUAA